AUGUCUGAUGUAGAAAUCGAUUCCUGGACGUGUCCGCCUUGUUCACGCAGAGAACAUCGUGGUCAGAGUACCUCUCCUGAGAAGGUUCAAGCAGCUACGACACCACGCAAUAAAAAGGAUACAGGGCUCUGUGACCACUUCGUAUCGAAGGACGAUUUGCAAAAAUUAAUCACUGAGGGUAUUAACCAGGCUAUUGAUUCCAAACUUGGUCACUUCGAGUCACUGAAAGUGUCUCUCUUUGUCGAGAUAAGGGAAGAGAUCAAUUCUUUCAUCAACCCCUUCUUGAAGGAAACUGAGUGUCUAAGAGAGGAAGUAAAUAAGUUAAAUAAUGAUAUUCAAAAUAAUAAUUAUAUUAUAGACGAACUACGAUGCCAAAUAAAUAAGCAACAACAGUGGAACAGAAUGAACAAUUUAGAGAUUGACUGCCACAAACCAAGAAUGAAUCUACUUGCGCCUUAG